CAUUUAUUUUCCGUGUCUUCGUUCUUUUUGCGUGUGGUGGUGUUAUUUUGUCCAGUGGAGAUCACCGGAGUGUGUGUGUGUUUGGCCGCUGCUGUACUUCAGUGUGUGUGUGUGUGAGUGUGUGUUGAUGUGAUAUUAUGGCGGUGAAUCUGGAUAAAGAGGCGUUUUACCGCCGCAUCAAGCGACUCUACGGCAACUGGAAGAAAGGAGAAGAUGAGUUCGGGAAGGUGGAUGCCAUCGUGGUUUCUGUCGGAGUCGACGAGGAGAUCGUCUACGCCAAAUCUACAGCCCUUCAGACGUGGCUGUUCGGGUACGAGCUCACCGACACCAUCAUGCUGUUUUGCGAGACCAGGAUCAUGUUUCUGGCCAGUAAGAAGAAGGUGGAGUUCCUGAAGCAGGUCGCCGUCACGAAAGGCAACGAGAACGCAAACGGGAUUCCUCCGAUCACGCUGCUCGUCCGGGAAAAGAACGAGAGCAACAAGGUGAACUUCGAGAAGAUGAUGGAAGCCGUCCGAGGAAGCAGAGACGGCAAGACGGUCGGCGUGUUCAUGAAGGACAAGUUCCCGGGAGAGUACAUGAAGAGCUGGAGCGACAUGAUCACGGCCGAGGGCCUGCAGAAGGUGGACGUCAGCACGGCGGUGGCCUACACGAUGGCCGUGAAGGAGGACGGAGAGCUGGCGCUCAUGAAGAAGGCGGCUGCCGUCACCAGCGACGUCUUCACCAAGUUCUUCAAGGAGCGAGUGAUGGAGAUCGUGGACGCCGACGAGAAAGUCAAGCACAGUCGUCUGGCCGAGUCGGUGGAGAAGGCCAUCGAGGACCGGAAGUUUCUGGGCGGCGUGGACCCGUCGACGGUGGAGAUGUGCUACCCUCCCAUCAUUCAGAGCGGCGGCAGCUACAGCCUGAAGUUCAGCGUGGUCAGCGAUAAGAACCACAUGCACUUCGGCGCGAUUACCUGCGCCAUGGGCAUCCGCUACAAGUCCUACUGCUCCAACCUGGUGCGCACGCUCAUGGUGGACCCGCCGCAGGAAAUGCAGGACAAUUACAACUUCCUGCUGCAGGUGGAGGAGGAGCUUCUGAAGGAGAUGAAGCACGGAGUAAAGCUGUGUGAUGUCUAUAACACCGUCCUGGAGUUCGUCAAGAAAGAGAAACCAGAUCUGGUCAGCAAACUGACGAAAAACCUCGGGUUCGCUAUGGGCAUUGAGUUCAGAGAAGGAUCGCUCGUACUGAACGCCAAAAAUCAGUUCAAACUCAAGAGAGGGAUGGUGUUCAGCAUCAGUCUGGGAUUGGCUGACAUGAUCAACCAAGAGGCCAAGAAAGACGAGCAGAAAAAAUACGCCCUGUUCAUCGGAGACAGCAUUCAGAUCAAUGAGGAGGAUCAAGCCACCGUCCUCACACCCGUCAAGAAGAAGAUCAAAAACGUUGGCAUUUUCCUCAAGAACGCUGAUGAAGAGGACGAGGAGGAAGAGGACGAUAACGCAGAGGAGCUGCUGGGGAAAGGAGCUCGCAGCGCCGCCCUGCUGGCAGACAGAACCAGGAAUGAGAUGACGGCUGAGGAGAAGAGGCGGACCCAUCAGAGAGAGCUGGCCAAUCAGGUGAACGAGGAGGCCACUCUGACGGAGCAGAAGGGAGGACAGCAGAUACAGAAAGCCAGAAAGUCGAACGUGUCGUAUAAGACCGUCUCCCAGAUGCCCCGCGAGAAGGACAUCAGAGACAUGAAGAUCUUCAUCGAUAAGAAGUACGAGACGGUCGUCAUGCCCGUGUUCGGCAUCGCCACGCCGUUCCACAUCGCCACCAUCAAGAACAUCAGCAUGUCUGUGGAAGGAGAUUACACGUAUCUGAGGAUAAACUUCUUCGUGCCCGGCAGCUCGCUGGGACGCCACGACGGGAACAUCUUCCCCAACCCCGAGGCCACGUUUGUCAAAGAGAUUACGUACCGCGCGUCGAACCUCAAGUCGCCCGGCGAUCACUCCGUUCCCUCCACCAACCUGCAGAACGCCUUCCGCAUCAUUAAAGAGGUGCAGAAGCGCUACAAGACCCGCGAGGCGGAGGAGAAGGAGAAGGAGGGCAUCGUUAAACAGGACUCGCUCGUCAUCAACCUCAACCGCAGCAACCCCAAGCUCAAAGACCUUUACAUCCGGCCCAACAUCGCGCAGAAGAGGAUGCAGGGCUCGCUGGAGGCGCACACCAAUGGUUUCCGUUUCACGUCGGUACGCGGCGAUAAAGUCGACAUCCUCUACAACAACAUGAAGCACGCCAUAUUCCAGCCCUGCGACGGCGAGAUGAUCAUCGUGCUGCACUUCCAUCUGAAGAACGCCAUCAUGUUCGGUAAGAAGCGCCACACGGACGUGCAGUUCUACACGGAGGUGGGCGAGAUCACCACAGACCUGGGCAAACACCAGCACAUGCACGACCGCGACGACCUCUACGCCGAACAGAUGGAGCGAGAGAUGCGACACAAACUCAAAUCCGCCUUCAAGAACUUCAUCGAGAAGGUCGAGUCGCUCACCAAGGAGGAGCUGGAGUUUGAGAUACCUUUCAGAGAUCUCGGGUUCCAAGGCGCCCCCUACAGGAGCACCUGCCUGCUGCAGCCCACGUCUAGCUCCCUCUGUAACGUCACGGAGUGGCCCCCGUUCGUGGUGACGCUCGACGAGGUGGAGUUGGUUCAUUUCGAGCGAGUCCAGUUUCACCUGAAGAACUUCGAUGUGGUCAUCGUUUAUAAAGACUACAACAAGAAAGUCACGAUGAUCAACGCCGUGCCCGUCAACUCUCUGGACCCCAUCAAAGAGUGGCUCAACUCGUGCGAUAUCAAGUACACGGAGGGCGUACAGUCUCUGAACUGGACCAAGAUCAUGAAGACCAUUGUGGACGAUCCCGAGGGCUUUUUCGAGCAGGGCGGCUGGUCCUUCCUCGAUCCGGAGAGUGAGUUGAUCACAGAUUACAGCGCGUCUCUGGGCAGCGAGGAGGAGAGCGGCAAAGACUGGGACGAACUGGAGGAGGAAGCCAGGAAAGCUGAUCGCGAGAGUCAGUAUGAGGAUACAGAGGAGACCUUAAACAGGAAGAGGAAAGGCCGUUCAUCGGCUCCGCCCCCCAGCAGCAAGAAGAGGAGACGACAUUAGAUAACACACUUUUACACACACACACACACACACACACACACACUGCCAAAUCAGUCUCCCACAGUCCUCUUUGACUGCCCCACACACACACACACACACACAGUGUUUGGUGUAAAUGGUGUCGGCCAGCGCUGAUGUGUGCUGUAGAAUAGUGGUUUUCAUAUCAGCAGAUGGACGGACUCUCACUCGUCUCUCAGGUGUGUGUGUGUGAGCGUGUUUCUGGAGCAGUAGCUGUGAUGUAGUGUUGGUGUUUUAUGAGCGUUACACGACGCUCUUCCGGCUCAUCUGUCACGCGUGCCGCUCCUGUUCGUUUAU